ACUGUUGACCACUGAGGUGACCCUGAGAGCUCAAGUCCUGCCCCACAUGGAGGUAACCUGGAUGUGAGGCCGGACUGAAGCUCUUUACUGCGUUCAUCUUCUCUAAUGACUAUAGAGGCGACAUACUAGAAAACGUUCAUUUGGGUCGUUCUGGAGUGAAGGUACAAUUGGCCUAUGUGGUCGUUUCAUUACGAGGAUGUGUUGAACAUUUUGUUCAGAGGAGUGAGGAGAAGGAAAGUUGGUUUGAUUUGAACUGCAAACUAAAAAAACAAAAAACAAACUCUCUUAUAUGGUCUUUUAGAGCAAAAAAGAUUUUAAAAACUCAAUAUCAGCCUUAAUGACUGGUUCAUGUUUGUGUUUUUUUUUUUACAGUGUAGUCUGGUGUGCGGGUGUCCAAAGGCUUCCAAACCACCCCACAGCCGGGCGGCUGAUUGACAGGACUUGGCUGGCUGUGGACCCUCCUUCCCAGCGUCUCCUCCUCUCUCUCUCCUCUCCUCCUGUCCUCUCUCCUGCUCUGCUCUGCUCUCUCCCUCUCUCCUCAAUCGCGGGGCUGCGCUCACCGACUCGACACCGCCAACAGGGAUGCAGCGAGGGCGCAGCGCAGCCUGAAAAUGGCACCACCACGCGUCCUGUGGAUCUAUCCAUCCCUUUUCCUCCAGUGCUCCCUGCUUCUUUUUCACGCGUUGUCGCCGUGCCGAGCCUUACGGAAUUACCCGGAGAAUGAAGUUACGUUGCUGGACUCCAUGUCAGCCUUGGCCGACCUGGGCUGGGAGGCUUACCCUAAUGAGGGGUGGGAGGAGAUUAGUGUGAUGGAUGAGAGGAACACCCCGAUGAGGACCUACCAGGUGUGUAACGUCAUGGAGGCCAACCAGAACAACUGGCUGAGGACGCGCCACAUCAGCCGGGAAGGAGCGCAGCGCGUCUACAUCGAGAUCAAGUUCACCUUGAGGGACUGUAACAGCCUGCCCGGGGUCCCUGGUACCUGCAAAGAGACUUUCAACAUGUACUACUAUGAGUCCAACAAUGCCAACCUGUGGUUUAUCAAGGAAACUCAGUAUGUCAAGAUUGACACUAUUGCUGCAGAUGAGAGCUUUACACAGGUGGACGUUGGCGACCGCGUGAUGAAGCUGAACACAGAAGUGCGGGACAUCAGCAACCUGAGUAAAAAAGGUUUCUACCUGGCCUUCCAGGACCUGGGCGCCUGUAUCGCUCUGGUCUCUGUCAGGGUCUUCUACAAGAAGUGUCCCCUCACUGUGCUUAACUUGGCCCAGUUCCCCGACACGAUAACAGGCGGAGACACGGCGCUGGUGGAGGUCCACGGUUUGUGUGUGAAUGCCUCCGAGGAGUUUGAGGCUCCCAAGAUGUACUGCAGUGCAGACGGAGGGUGGCUGGUUCCCAUCGGGAGGUGUGUGUGUAAACCGGGCUUCGAGGAGAACAAGGAUGUCUGCCAACCAUGCAGACCUGGUACCUACAAGGCCUCGGCCACAGACGCCUACUGCACCAAAUGUCCUCCUCACAGCUCAUCCCCGCAGGAACAAGCCAUCGAGUGCAUUUGUGAGAAAGGCUUCUACCGUGCAGAUACUGACCCACGUUCCAUGGCCUGCACACGUCCUCCAUCUGCUCCAGAAAACCCCAUCUCCACAGUGAACGAGACCUGUGUCACCCUAGAGUGGUCACCGCCCCGAGACACAGGAGGGCGGGGAGACAUCACCUAUAGACUCCACUGCAGAAAGUGCACGGGUGAUGGCAAAAAGUGCACGCCCUGUGGUAGCAGCGUCCAUUUUGUGCCCAGACAGUUUGGUCUGUCUUCAGCUACAGUGCUGGUCACCGACCUGCAGCCGGACUCCAACUAUAGCUUCACCAUUGAGAGCCAGAAUGGAGUGUCAGACUUCAGUCCCACACCCAGAGGAACAGUAGUGAUCAAUAUCACCACAUCACAGACAGUGAGCGUAGUGUUGAAGGAGAGGCGGAGCAAGGACAGUGUGACUUUGGCAUGGCAGGGUCCAGAGAGACCCAAUGGAGCGAUAGUGGAGUAUGAGGUCAUCUACUACGAGAAGAAUCAGCGGGAGCAGAACUACACAGUUUUGAAGACUCGCUCCAACAUGAUGACAGUGGACGGGCUGAAGCCAGGGACCACCUACGUGUUCAGGGUGAGGGCUCGAACAGAUGGGGGCUACGGGAGCUACGGUGGAGAGAUCGAACUGGAGACCAGCCACGAAGAUGUUUUGGCUAUCGGGGACCCUAACCAGUCCACCAUUCUGGCCGUGUCCAUCGCUGGGGGAAUCGUUCUCCUCAUCUUCCUGGUGACUUGCUUUGUUGUCAGCGGAAGGCACUGUGGAUAUAUCAAAGCCAAGCAGGACCCUGAUGAAGAGAAGAUGCAGUUUCAGCACGGCCGAGUCAAGCUUCCUGGCAGCAGAACAUACAUUCAUCCUCACACCUACGAAGACCCCAACCAGGCUGUCAGGGACUUUGCCAAAGAGAUCGAUGCUUCCAAUAUUCGCAUAGAGAGAGUCAUUGGAGCUGGAGAGUUUGGGGAGGUGUGCAGUGGUCGGCUGCGUGUGCAGGGAAAGAGGGAGAUCUACGUGGCCAUCAAGAGUCUGAAGGCGGGAUACUCUGACAAACAGAGGAGGGACUUCCUGUCUGAGGCCUCCAUCAUGGGACAGUUUGACCAUCCAAACAUCAUCAGGCUGGAGGGUGUCGUCACGAGAUGUAAGCCAGUGAUGAUCAUAACAGAGUUCAUGGAAAAUGGAUCUCUGGACACUUUCCUCAAGAAACAUGAUGGCCAGUUCACGGUGAUCCAGCUGGUUGGCAUGCUGCGUGGCAUCGCCUCAGGUAUGAAGUACCUGUCAGACAUGAGCUACGUUCACCGAGACCUGGCAGCUCGAAACAUCCUGGUCAACAGCAACCUGGUGUGUAAGGUGUCUGACUUUGGCCUGAGUCGGGUUCUGGAGGACGACCCAGAGGCUGCCUACACUACAAGGGGAGGAAAGAUCCCCAUCAGAUGGACGGCUCCGGAGGCCAUAGCCUACAGGAAGUUCACCUCAGCUAGUGAUGUGUGGAGUUACGGUAUCGUCAUGUGGGAGGUGAUUUCAUAUGGAGAGAGACCCUACUGGGAGAUGUCCAACCAGGAUGUGAUCAAAGCAAUAGAUGAGGGCUACCGUCUUCCUGCUCCGAUGGAUUGUCCGGUAGUGUUGCACCAGCUCAUGUUGGAUUGCUGGGAGAAGGGACGCAGCGAAAGGCCAAAGUUUGGACAGAUUGUCACAAUCCUUGACAAGCUCAUCAGAAACCCAGCCAGCCUCAGGGAGCUGGCCAACAGCUCAGUAUGCAGGGAGGACCCGUCCACCCCAGAGUUCAGUGUGAGCACAGUGGAUGAGUGGUUGGAGGCCAUCAAGAUGGGCCAGUAUAAGGAGAACUUUUCCAGUGCUGGAUAUGUCAGCUUGGACUCAAUCCUCUACAUCAGUGUCAGUGAAUUGGCUAAGAUGGGUGUCACUCUGGCCGGCCACCAGAAGAAGAUUUUAUCCGGUGCGCAGGGCCUGCAGACCCAGGGGACGCACGUUCAAGUAUAACAGUUUCCACACAAACACACAGUGAGACAGAGCCAAAAUGGAUACUCCUGUGAAGAGUUUCCCGCUGAAAUGGAGUUGUAAUGGAUACUCUGUGCUCGGGCCUCCAUUGAUUUUGAGACACACUGAGAUGGAGACAACAUGGACGCUUGCCUCCUUCACCUUCUCGCAGUUUCACCAUUCUUCCCAUCCUCGAUGGGCACUACCGGCUUUAGCACUGAGUCCCAGCAGCACAACCACCAUUAUGGAGCAACAGAGAGACACAUGUCCAGCAACAAGGCCACAUCUAGAGCAUCCCCGACCAUUUCACAUAAUAUCAGCUCAACAAAAGAAAAGAGAUUUUUAACAAAAGAAUGACAAAAAACAAAUUAGAAUAUAAUUAUCACUGUCUGUGAGGUGUACAGUUGGUUUUUACUGUCUUCUUGCUUCUGUUCUGAGUUUUCACCUUGAAGAGUUUGAAAAGGAUCAGAAGAUAUGUAUAUGUGUAGAUAUAUGUUUAUAGGGGCUGUGUGUCCCACAACCGUAGAGAUGGACCUAAUGUUUGUAUUGGUGGUGAGGUUUAUAUUGCUCAACCGUAAUAGGAGUUAUUACCUAGUACAUGUAUGGCCCCUUCCAUUGCUCUGUGUUUACAGGAAGCCAAUGAAAGAGCUGAGAUUCUGAAUGACAUGAAUGUGUGGGGUGAGGGGAACAGAAAAACUGGACCUUUAGAAAUAGAGAAGGAUAUAGAUUUUGCUAGCUCAUGUAGGAUGGAAGUAUGAUUUGUUUAAAAUUGUUGACCAGGACAAGGGCUUCCCUAGCGACUGCUCUCAGACACACUUCCAUAGCAACUAGACCCAGUGCACAUUUGCUAGUUUGCUUGCACUUAUGAUGUAACUGAGUGCAAAGAAACAGCAGAAACUGCUUAAGGUGCAGUUAGCACAGAGACAUUUUUACUCUUCCAUAACUGACUGUCUAUUUCAAACAACAUUAUCUUUUCAGCUGUUGCAGAAUGAUGUUGUUGGGAAUAUUUCAGCCCAAGAGUUUGCCUUCCCAUGUUUCAGGUGUGUUAAGAACGUUAUAGUGUUUUGUGGAGGGCAAAGAUGAUGCAAAGGUCAUGAUAGAGUUGACACUGUUAAGAACGUGUAAUUGUUUUUCCAGUGUUGUGCCAUGUACAGUAACCAUGAAAUGUUCAUCUGGGCAAUAUACCACCAUUCUUACUAUACUAUUUCCUUUCAUCAGUCCCCAUGACUUGAUGGUUACACAAGGUCAGUCACAGUAAUUACAGUGUUUUGUCCAAAUAGUCUGCUUGAUGAAAAGGAUUAUUGGAAUGGACUUUUUUUUUUCUAGAAAGAUUAAAUAUAUACGCAGUGUUGAUUUUUACAGCUGUGCCACUAUGAGGGUAAAUUUUACUUUAAAAAAAAAGAUGAUUUAUGUGUCUUGUACUGUCUCACUUUCUUGUUAUCAGUCACGUCAACCUAUUUCAAGCAUCCCGCAUUUCAAAGCAACACCCAUAAGAUAAAUUUAUGAAACAAUGUUUACAGCAAAAAAACAAAUAAACUGGUUUGUUGGUUUAUCUUUAUCAGAUGGAAACUGCUACUUAUCACAUUAAUUACAAGGUUAGAUAUGAUGGGACCCUCUUUGCGUGCACUGCAUUAAUGGCACUGAACCUGCUUUUAGUGUAUUCCCAAACCCAGUUUUAAUAUAUGUGGUACUCUAUAGGACCAACAGUGGCAUAAAGUACAGUAUAUAUGAUUGUAUCAUAGUGUAAAAUAUGUACAGUGUUGAUUUCCAAUGUUAGAAUGUUUGUAAUGAUAAUGAUGAUGAUGACUAUGAUGUACUUUUAUUGUGAAAAAGAGAUUUCUGAGUACUCGUUCAGGGGCGGGUCAUAAAAGUGAAGGGAGGUGAUUCGUUGGUCUGAACAAAGGAAUGUAGCAUGGUUGCAAAGCUUCAGCUUUGAUAGAUGGGUGACAGUGACUGCAGUUUCUACCAUAGAGUUAGAAUGAGUAGAAUGGACUUUCCUUAUUGAUACACUGGUUUAAUUUGCAUAUCCACUGUAAAAAGUCAUACAAACACUAACACAACUUUUAAACCUGAUUGUUGGAGUGAGGGAAGUUAGUAAGGAGGGUAGGUGAAGUAAAAGAAGUCCUCAGGUCAAAUUUCUAUCUACUAACAUCACAAAUUGACAGUUCGCUAAAUCCCUCUCCCAAACAGCAAUUGCCCAAUCAUAGCUUAGCAACCAUAACUAGGCACUAGCUUUGGAUUUCUUCACAUGCUGUGAGAUGGAUACUUUUUUAAAAAAUUUUUUUAGCCUUUUUUGCCUUUUGAAAACCAAAAAUAAGAAGAGUAAAAGUUUACGGAAUUGAUUUAAUAGUGUUUGUCUGCUCUAAGGCAAUCUGCCAAACGCUACUUUUUCCAAACACAUCAAUUAGUCCUAAUCCUAAAAGUCAUGCUUUUCAUUUUUUUAAAAAAGUCAGCUAGAAACAAAAGUCAGCCUUAGACGUUGUUUUCAACCUACUCAUGGCACUAAUAUUAGCUGCAAUGGCUUAGCUAGCUAGCUACAGUGCCAGUAAAAAAGCUGACAAAAUUGAUGGUGACUGGCUAGCUUUGGUCUACCUCUAUCAGAAAUCAAGGACUCAGUGUUGUUUCGACAGGAAAAUCUUCCACUCUUAUUGUUAACUGUAAUAUGUGCCAUGAUUGAACGGAAAACUUGACAGACAUAGCAAUAAUAACUGAGGUUGGGCCUUAGUGAACUGUCAUUUGGGACGGGACCGGGGGCAGGAGAGUGAACCUUUAAACCACUAGAACAGUGGUUCUCAAACUUUUUCACGUCAAGGAACCCUAAACUGACACAAAUGUUACUUGAUGGAUGGAAUUAUGGUGAAAAUAAAUUAUUCCCCUUUUUGCUGGGGACCCCCUGGAACCCACUCAAGGACCCCUGAGGGUCCCUGGACCCCACUUUGAGAACCACUGCACUAGAAGGCAGCAUAAUAAGCCUUUUUACUUUUUUUGUCCUAUUGUUUUAGCAAUGGUAAAAUAAUGCCAAAAUGUUUCAAUACACAGAAGGCAUACAAGUACAUAUACAGCUAAACAAACAUGAUUUAGAGAUACAUUUCUUCUUGCCAAACCACUUUGUUGUAUUGUCAAAUAUGCCAAAUACAAAAAAAUAUUUGACACUUUCAGAGAGCCUGAAAGUGUGAGUACAUUCUACUCUCACUAACUCUAUGAUUUCACUCUAGCGGACUACCCUUGACCGCUGGCCUUUUAGAUGCCUUAUUUUCUGAGCUAUCGUUCUUUUCUGUUGCCCUAUAGAGGCGAUAUUAGGAGUAAAGUGUAUGUACAGGUAGUAUUUAUCUGUGUUCUUAAGAUGACCUCACAUCAACACCCUGGUUUUGUAAUAUCCCAGAGACCUCCCCUCCAGUUGCACCUUCACUUUGAUUGGUAUAGGUAGAAGAAAGUCAUUUUGUUCUGAAAGUAUAAUAAUAAUUCUUAAACCUGAUGACCCCGUAAAAGUUAAUGGGGAAAUUGACAGUACUGUUAUUAUUUAUUUGAGUAAUAAGAUAUUCACUGAUCAAAAUGAAAUGCAGAUCAUGGAUGUGAUUGGCUUACAAUUUGAUAUAUUUGGUUGCAUAAUUUGGUUAAUAUGCACAAGAUUAAAUAUCGCCCAAAAAAUAUGGGUACAUUGCUAAGGUUUUUUACAAGCUUGUUCAACACUCCCACUUAAGAAAUUUUAAGAGUUUGGAAGUCAUACCCCCACUUCAAUUCCAGCCCUCAAAAUCCCAGGUUUUUUGUCACUAUUCACUCUAUCAAAGUUAGCUAUGUGGGUUGGUUUGCUUGAUCUCAAACACAGUGUUUGUCCUUCAUUCCCCACCAGGUCUGUAUUGUGAAUGUUCAUGAGUGAUUCUCAUUCGAGACUUUCAUCUCUCCGUCUUUCUCUCCUCCUCCUCUCUCUCUCUCUCUCUCUCUCUCUUUCUUUGGCCACCAUACAAUGCUUAUUUGCCCCCAUGCCAGUUUCCUCUGCGUUGCUUGUUGUAAAGGGUGUAGGCAUUCUAAUGUCUUUCAUGUUGCUGUAAUAAAUAU